AUGGCCUCCGGUAUGGGCGGAGGCGUCGGAAGGACAGAAAAUACAGAACACUGGACUAGACUGAAAGAUCACCAUGCCCUCACUUGUAAAGCUACAAAACUGUCACUUUGUUCAGAAGCGAACCUCACUAUUUUCUUCCACAUUUCAGUAAUAUUCAUUAACACGCCAGCCUCUGAAAGAUAUGACAAAGCCGUAGUUGAUUCAAUGAUUUUGCAAAAUCGGUGCAUUGACUGCAUGAUAAUUAGCAAAAAUGACGGACUGUCAAGAGAAAAGGUGGAUCUAGAAAAUACAAUUUUGAAAUACAAUAGAUUCGCCGACUCGAGAUGCAAUGGGAUCCUCCCCAAUUCGGAUGCAUCGCCGGCAGAUGCAUCAGCGAAAGGUCACCGAGAAUGGUGGUUGGAUGAUGAUGAGCGCAGGAGUGGUCACCGGAAAAAAAGAGGAAUGUGCAGGUCAAAUUGGGAGCAUUUUUCAUUUUGGUCAAGGUCGGUAUGUUUUAAUUAG